AUGGAUUUUGAAUCAAUACCUCCUAUCACAGGCGCCUGGGGCGCGCUAACGCUCGCAACAGCACUGCUCGAACACACGCACACCAUCUCGUCGUACCAACUCUUCUACACGCCCGCGCUCGUCUUCCGCAAGUUUCAAGUGUGGCGUCUGCUGACGACGUUCAUCUACUUUGGACCUCUCGGGCUCGAUUUUGUGUUCCACCUGUUUUUCUUCAUGCGGUAUUCACGGAUGCUCGAAGAGAACUCGUUUGGCGGCAGAAGCGGUGGUAGAGCAGCGUACGUGGUGCUGCUGAUGUUUGCAGCCACGUGCUUGCUCAUGCUUUCGCCGCUGACCGCGCAGCCGUUUUUGGGAUCACCAUUGGCGUUUGUACUGGUCUAUAUCUGGUCCAGACGUAACAGACAUGUACGACUCAGCCUGUUUGGCCUGUUGGUCAUUAGUGCACCGUAUCUGCCGUGGAGUCUGGUGAUCUUCGGUUGGCUGCUCCAUGGUAGCUUGAGGGCCGUAAUGGGCGACAUCAGCGGUAUCGCUGUGGGACACCUCUACUACUUUCUCGUCGACAUCUGGCCAAAAGAAUUUCGAUCAGGCGGUCGGAAUGUUUUGGCGACUCCUGCUUUCCUGUAA